UGAUGGUACAGGUUUCCGCUGAUCAAAGAGAAAGAUUGUCAAUGUCAGUGGAGAGACUAAAUCAGUCGAGUGACAGAAUUAAGGAGAGUAGAAGAACUAUUCUGGAGACAGAAGAGCUUGGUGUCUCUAUCCUUGAAGAUUUGCAUCAACAACGCCAGACUCUCCUGCAUGCCCAUAACAAGCUGUAUGAGGUCGAUAAUGCCAUCGACAAGAGUAAGAAAGUCUUAACUACCAUGUCGCGGAGGAUUACCAAGAACAAAUGGAUUGUUGUCUCAAUAAUUGUAGCUCUCGUCCUUGCCAUUGGCUUAAUCCUUUAUUACAAGAUUUCUCAUCACUAAUGAAUCUCUGAAUCAUUGUGCUACUUAAUCGAUGUUCUUGGUUGCUUUUUCCGCAAUUUGUGUAUAUACUUAUUAGCCAUAUGAUGGCCUGCAUCUGCCAUUUGAUGCUUUGUCUUCAUGUAUGUUGAAAUUGAUAAUAUGUAAUGUAUAUUUCCCCUUACGAUUUGUAUUGUUUUUCUGUAAAAUCCAUUUCAGUGAAACUCUUGGCUAUAUAUGAGCUGAGCCAAUUUCACAGUG